UUGCCAGAUCACGCUGGCCAAUCAAAAAGAUGCGGAAGUAUCCCCUUGGCUCUGAUUUGCGGCCCAAAAAUAAAAGGCGGAGUCUAUUUGAGAGGCGUUCACAGCUGCACGAGUGAAGAACUCACACAUUGACAGCCGAACUGAAGACAUGUGUGGAAUCUUCGCCUAUCUCAACUACCAUGUGCCAAGGACUCGACGGGAGAUCCUUGAAAUCCUCCUCAAAGGCCUGCGGCGUCUGGAGUACCGAGGCUACGACUCAGCCGGUGUGGGCAUUGAUGGCGGUAACAGCAAAGAUUGGGAGACCAGCGCCAAGACCAUCCAACUGAUCAAGCAGCGCGGAAAAGUGAAGGCUUUGGAUGAGGAGAUACACAAACAGCAAGAUCUGGACCUCGAAAUGGAGUUGGAUGUCCACCUCGGCAUCGCUCACACCCGCUGGGCCACUCACGGAGAACCCAGCCCGCUCAAUAGCCACCCGCACAGAUCAGACAAGACCAAUGAGUUCAUUGUCAUUCACAAUGGAAUUAUCACCAACUACAAAGAUCUAAGGAAAUUUCUGAUGAGCAAAGGCUACGAGUUUGAGUCGGAGACCGACACGGAGUCCAUUGCCAAGCUGGUGAAGUACAUGUAUGAUAACCGUGAGAGUGAUGACAUCAGUUUUGCCACUCUGGUGGAAAGGGUAACGCAGCAACUGGAAGGCGCUUUUGCUCUCGUCUUUAAGAGUGUUCAUUAUCCUUCCGAGGCAGUCGUCACAAGGAGGGGAAGUCCUCUUUUGAUUGGUGUGCGAAGUGACCACAAGCUCUCAACGGAUCAUAUUCCUGUGGUCUACCGCUCGUCUGGCAAAGAGAAGAAGAGCUGCAGUUCCCUCCCCAGAGUUGACCAGGACACCUGUUUGUUCCCUGUUGAUGAAAAAGCUGUUGAGUACUACUUUGCCUCCGAUGCAAGCGCAGUUAUCGAGCACACAAAUCGGGUGAUCUUCCUAGAGGAUGAUGACGUGGCUGCCGUGACCGAGGGAAGGCUGUCCAUCCACAGGAUAAAACGCCGAGCCGGAGACUACCCUGCCCGCGCCAUCCAGACCCUUCAGAUGGAGUUGGAGCAAAUCAUGAAAGGCAACUUCAGCUCCUUCAUGCAGAAGGAAAUCUUUGAGCAGCCCGAAUCCGUGGUCAACACCAUGAGAGGAAGAGUCAACUUUGAUGACAACACAGUGACCUUAGGUGGACUGAAGGACCACAUCAAAGAGAUCCAGAGAUGUCGGCGCCUGAUCCUCAUUGCAUGUGGCACCAGCUACCAUGCCGGCGUCGCAACCCGGCAGGUCCUGGAGGAGCUAACAGAGCUGCCUGUAAUGGUGGAGCUGGCCAGCGAUUUCCUAGACCGGAACACACCCGUCUUCCGAGAUGAUGUCUGUUUCUUUAUAAGCCAGUCAGGGGAGACCGCUGACAGCCUGAUGGCCCUGCGCUACUGCAAGGAAAGAGGGGCUCUUACUGUGGGCAUCACCAACACGGUGGGCAGCUCAAUUUCUCGGGAGACCGACUGCGGCGUCCACAUCAAUGCCGGACCCGAGAUCGGAGUGGCCAGCACUAAGGCAUACACAAGCCAAUUUGUGGCCCUGGUCAUGUUUGCGCUAAUGAUGUGCGAUGACAGAAUUUCCAUGCAGCCAAGACGUCGUGAGAUCAUCCAGGGCUUGAAGGUCCUUCCAGACCUGAUCAAGGAGGUCCUCAGUUUGGACGAUGAGAUCCAGAAGUUAGCAACAGAGCUGUACCAGCAGAAGAGUGUCCUGAUCAUGGGCAGGGGUUACCAUUAUGCUACAUCUCUAGAAGGAGCUCUGAAAAUCAAGGAGAUCACAUACAUGCACUCUGAGGGCAUCCUGGCAGGCGAGUUGAAACAUGGACCUCUGGCUCUUGUGGAUAAUCUCAUGCCGGUCAUCAUGAUCAUCAUGAAAGACCACACGUACACCAAAUGUCAGAACGCCCUGCAGCAAGUCGUCGCCCGCCAGGGCCGCCCGAUCGUGAUCUGCGACCGAGACGAUUACGAGAGCAUCAGCAACUCGUGCCGCACCAUCAAGGUGCCUCACUGCGUGGAUUGCCUGCAGGGCAUCCUGAGCGUCAUCCCCCUGCAGCUGCUCUCCUUCCAUCUGGCCGUGCUCCGAGGCUACGACGUGGACUGUCCGAGGAACCUGGCCAAGUCGGUGACGGUGGAGUGACCGGCCCGUUCGUCAAAGCUGACCGGAGGAGACGCGGGCGUUCGGCGAGGGAACGGAAAAGAACGCGUCCUGUUUCGUGUGUCCUCUUUUUAUGCAUUUUACUCAUAUCUGGCUGUUGCAACUCUCUCUUUAUCUCCCCGUGUGACUUAUUAGUGUUGUUGUCGACUGGCGGCUGUCUGGUCUGGGCUGGCACUCUCGUUAUUCUCCGUUCCGACUCGGAGCAUCGAAAAGAAGCUUUAAUCGGUGCAAUUCGGUUCAUUUCACUGAGAUGAUGCGACUUGACCCGCGGACGUUUUGAAGAAUAAUUAGCCUCCUUUCUUAUCCGUUCGUCCAUUUGUAAUCUGUGUCUAUUUGGCAGCUAAUCACUUGAAGUGUCAAAUUAGGAGUCACAAACUGUUGGAUUUAUGUGCACAAAAUUUUGUUGAAGUAGCAGCAUUCCGCAUGUGCUUUCGCAUCAUGGUCAAAUUUUCAGAGCGUGUUCUUUAUUUAUGCUUUUUUUUUUUUCUAAUAUAAAUCACACAACGUUAAAUCUUUGAAUGAUUCUCAUUCACUGUUUCAUGUUACGCAUUAUGUGACCCCAGUGAGAUGAAGUUACUGCCAGCCCACACCCACGACUACUGCAAAUGCAAUACUGGGACCAUCUGUAGUUACUCAUUUUCUAUGUAUUUUCCAUUUUCUUAAGAGGAAUCAGAAUUUUGUAUUGUUACUCUGAUUUGAAAUGUGAACGUCAGUCGUGUCAAAUCUUCCGGUUUCGGGGCAGGUGGAAACCAAAAUGUAUUUGAUAUGCACGUGCGAUUUUUUUUUUUUUUUUUUUUUUUUUUUUUUUUUUUUUUUUUUGUAGCCAAAUGUACUCGAGAUGUUUCAAGGUCUUAGAAGGCUUACAUACACACACAAACGUACUGUCAUUGUCAUGGCAGUGUAAUUUACUGUAGAUGUUUUAAGAGGCAGAUGAGAAGCGAGUGAUGUAAUUACGCAUCUGUGAAUGAACAAGAGCUGCUAUUGAUACCUCUCUUUUUUUAGGUUUGCUUUUGACGUUUGUAUCGUUUCUGCAAUCAAGCUUUAAUCUCAAUUUGUGCAUGUACCCCCCAACAUUGAGGUUUGGUUUGAAGUCCAUGUUAUUAGUGAGCAAAACUGUAUUCUCCAGUCCUGAAGGUUCCCAGGAUGCGUGGGACACUGUUCAGCGUCCCAGCCAAUGUAAUAAAGUGUCUUGCUAGUUUCU